CUCACCAUGCCGACUGUCAGCGUGAAGCGCGAUUUGCUCUUCCAAGCCCUCGGCCGGACCUACACUGACGAAGAAUUUGAUGAACUAUGUUUUGAAUUUGGUCUGGAACUUGAUGAAAUCACUUCUGAGAAGGAAAUUAUAAGUAAGGAACAAGGUAAUGAAAAGGCAGAGGGGGCAUCUGAUGUUAUUCUUUACAAAAUUGACGUCCCCGCCAAUAGAUAUGAUCUCCUAUGUCUGGAGGGAUUGGUUCGAGGACUUCAAGUCUUUAAAGAAAGGAUAAAGGCUCCAGUAUAUAAACGGGUAAUGCCUAAUGGAGAAAUCCAGAAAUUGAUCAUCACAGAAGAGACAGCUAAAAUACGCCCUUUUGCUGUAGCAGCAGUUCUCCGAAAUAUAAAGUUUACUAAAGAUCGCUAUGAUAGCUUCAUUGAACUUCAAGAGAAGUUGCAUCAGAACAUUUGCAGGAAAAGAGCGUUGGUUGCUAUCGGUACCCAUGAUUUGGACACUUUGUCAGGCCCAUUUACUUAUACUGCAAAGCGACCUUCAGAUAUCAAAUUCAAACCUCUAAAUAAGACAAAGGAGUAUACAGCCUGUGAACUGAUGAAUAUAUACAAGACUGACAACCAUCUUAAACAUUACUUACAUAUCAUUGAAAAUAAGCCCCUGUACCCAGUUAUCUAUGAUAGCAAUGGUGUCGUCCUAUCAAUGCCUCCAAUCAUCAAUGGAAACCAUUCCAAAAUAACAGUAAAUACUAGAAAUGUAUUUAUCGAAUGCACAGGAACUGACUUUACUAAGGCAAAAAUAGUUCUUGAUAUUAUUGUCACCAUGUUCAGUGAAUAUUGUGAGAAUCAAUUUACGGUUGAAGCAGCUGAGGUAGUUUUUCCUAAUGGAAAAUCAUAUACCUUUCCAGAACUGGCUUACCGAAAGGAGAUGGUGAGAGCUGAACUAAUUAACAAAAAAGUUGGAAUCAGAGAAACACCAGAAAAUAUUGCUAAGCUUUUGACUAGGAUGUUCUUAAAGUCAGAAGUCAUUGGCGAUGGGAAUCAGAUUGAGAUUGAAAUCCCUCCAACCAGAGCUGACGUUAUGCAUGCAUGUGAUAUUGUAGAAGAUGCAGCUAUUGCCUAUGGAUAUAACAACAUUCAGAUGGCUCUCCCGAAAACAUACACCAUAGCUAAUCAAUUUCCCCUUAACAAGCUCACGGAACUUCUAAGACAUGACAUGGCAGCUGCUGGCUUCACCGAAGCACUGACGUUUGCUCUGUGCUCCCAGGAAGAUAUUGCUGAUAAACUUGGUUUGGAUAUCUCUGCAACAAAUGCAGUCCAUAUAAGUAAUCCUAAAACAGCUGAGUUUCAGGUGGCGCGCACUACCCUUCUUCCUGGCCUCCUAAAGACCAUAGCAGCGAAUCGGAAGAUGCCUCUUCCUCUGAAACUGUUUGAAAUCUCUGACAUUGUAGUAAAAGAUUCUAGCAGAGAUGUAGGUGCAAGAAACUACAGGCACCUUUGUGCUGUUUAUUACAACAAGAAUCCUGGUUUUGAGAUAAUCCACGGGCUACUGGACAGAAUUAUGCAGCUGCUUGAUGUGCCUCCCGGUGAAAAAAAGAGAGGAUAUGUGAUCAAAGCAUCAGAAGGCCCUGCUUUCUUCCCCGGGCGAUGUGCUGAGGUCUUUGCCAGGGGUCAGAGCGUUGGCAAGCUGGGUGUCCUUCAUCCUGAUGUUAUCACCAAAUUUGAGCUGAACAUGCCCUGCUCCGCCCUGGAAAUCAACAUUGAGCCCUUUCUGUGAAGAUGGGUCCCUGUGGUGUGGUUCUCUCCCUGAGUGUCCCUUUCUCCUCCCCUGGUGUCCUUUAGUCAUCCCCACCAGGAAGGUUGAAUAAAGCAGAAAGCACUGUCUACUCUUUGGGUAGAUACCACCCAUUCUCUGCAUCCGGCCACUCGUGCAAACACAAAUGUGGUGUUUGGGUGAAGCUUCAUUGUUUGGUAAAAGCCCGGUGGUGCCAGAGGGUGGGAUCCAUUCUGGAAACCAAAGAUGUUCCUCAGACGUGAGAGCGAGGCUCCAUGGGCAGUAACUGCUGCUGCGGAGCAAGGCCCGUUCUCCCCAGCGAUGAGACAGGAUGGUUGAUUAGAACGCACAUUGAAUGAGUGCGAUGUGGCAGAGGGUGUUGAGUUUUCAUUUUCUACAUUUGACUUGUGUUCUUCCUUGGGGAACGAUAACAGCAUUUUUAGAAAACCUUUGGAAGCAGUGACGACGGUCCAAUAGUAUAACCUCUGAAGUCACUUUAAAGUGAAGCACAAAUAUACACAACACAGAUAUUCAAAAUAUGUGAGCAUCCGUAGGUAUUUUUACUCUGAUACUCAAGAGUUAGAGGACACGCAACACAGACCUGUCUGCUGGCAGAGUUAAAAAGGACAUGUUGAUAUUGUUGCACCAUGAACAUUAGGAAACAGUGAAAAUCAUUAUUGCCCUGGGCCAUACAUUUUACUAUAAUCACUAUUGUAAAAUCAGGGUUUUAAAUACUUAAUUGAGCUACUAGUUUCUGUCUUAUUUUAUAGGGAGGCAUUAGAUCUGUGAAGUUAAGCUUCUGCCAGUUUGCCUUACCUUCCAUUGCAGGAUACUUUAAGAAUCCUGCAGUAGGUACCAUCUAUUGAAAAAAAGCUGGGGCUAUGUGAUACCAUAACCAAUAAAGAAAUUUAAAAAAAAAAAAAAAA